ACAUGUUUGGGUGCUAAUAUCGGAGGCCUCUGUCUACAACCUCUCAAUGCCUCUCAAGCGAUACCAUCCUCUCCCUCAAUAUAACACCUUCCCUCGUUGCAUCCCUGCUUAAAGCAGCCUUGGGCCUAUCCAAGGUGGUCUGGCAUGGCUAACCUUCAAAUAAUGCAGGCCUUAGGCUGCUUUAUUCUUCUGUCUUUCCUUUUCUCUUCGGUCUCAUCCUUCUCUUUGGCUCUUUCUGAUGCUGAGGCGUCCCUCAUCGCCCGGCGUCAGCUCUUGUCUCUCCCUGAAGAUGGUGAUCUCCCUGAUGACUUUGAAUAUGAGAUUGAUCUUGUUGUAACCUUUGCCAAUUCUAGGCUCCGGAGAGCUUACAUUGCUCUUCAGGCAUGGAAAAAUGCUAUGUACUCUGACCCUUUUAACACAACUGGCAAUUGGGUUGGUGCCAAUGUGUGUGCCUAUAAUGGUGUCUUCUGUGCUCCGGCUCUUGAUGAUUCCAACUUGAGUGUUGUUGCUGGUGUUGAUAUUAACCAUGCCGAUAUUGCUGGCUACCUUCCAGCUGAGCUGGGGCUUAUGACUGAUCUUGCGCUCUUCCAUAUCAAUUCAAACCGGUUUUGUGGAAUCAUUCCCAAGAGUUUCUCUAGGCUGCUCCUUAUGCAUGAGUUUGACAUCAGUAACAAUCGGUUUGUUGGCCCCUUCCCCACAGUUGUCCUAUCGUUGCCAGCCCUCAGGUACCUCGACAUCAGGUUUAAUGACUUUGAAGGCAGUCUGCCGGAAGAGGUCUUUGAGAAGGAACUUGAUGCCUUGUUCGUGAAUGAUAACCGGUUCACAGGCUCCAUCCCUGAAACUCUAGGCCAGUCAACAGCCUCGGUGGUUGUUUUCGCGAACAAUAAACUCACUGGAUGCAUUCCAAAGAGCAUUGGGAAGAUGGCUAACACAUUGAAUGAGAUCGUUUUCUCCAACAAUGACUUUGGUGGCUGCUUGCCAACAGAGAUCGGAAUGCUGGGUAAUGCGACUGUGUUUGCUGCGGGUUCUAACUCCUUCACUGGGGUCCUGCUCAAGAGCUUUUCAGGCCUAAAGAAGGUGGAGCAUCUGGAUGUUUCACACAAUACACUAACUGGGUUUGUCCCUGACGGAAUCUGCAAGUUGCCUAGUUUGUCGAAUUUUACGUUCUCUUACAAUUUCUUCAAGGGAGAGGCUCCAUCGUGCCAGCCACCUUCGAGGGCGGACAUAACAUUGGAUGACACAAGCAAUUGUUUGUCGGACAGGCCAAAGCAGAAGUCAGCCAGAACAUGUUUACCAGUUGUGAGUCGGCCGGUAGAUUGUAGCAAGUCCAAGUGUGGAGGAAAAUCUUCGCCCCCUAAACCAAGGCCACCAGUCCGUAGUCCAACACCACCCCCGGCUUCCACCCCACGGUCCCCACCUACCCCUAAACCACAACCCCAUCCUUCUCCUUCCCCAUCACCUCCUAAACCACAGCCUGCUCCUCCUAAGUCCACCCCACCAACGCCUAAACCAAGGCCCAGUCCGCCCAAGUCGGUCCCAUCGACACCCAAACCGCAGCCUAGUCCUUCGCCAGUCUCUGCGCCUCCAACACCAACGCCAACACCAACACCAACACCAAAGCCAAAACCAUCUCCACACCCACCUAAAACUUCCAGCCCACCUCCUCCUCAUAAGGCCACCCCUCCAACCCCUACACCAAAGCCAUCUCCAGCUCCGAUUUCUUCUCCCCCACAACCGUCUCAUCCAUCUCCCCCGUCAGAUUCUGCUGCUCCAUCCCCUUCACCAAAACCAGCUCCUAUUCCCCAAGUCCCACCACCGGCGUUUCCACCAGACCCGAAGAACUAUUCGCCGAUAUUUUCACCACCGUUGCCAGGUCGUCCACCAGCAAAAUCACCACUUCCACCAACCUCUCCAGCACCUGCUCCAUCCCAUACACCGCCGGUCCACUCUACACCACCCCCUGUCCGAUCUCCUCCACCACCGGUUUUCUCUCCACCACCACCAAUCCCCGUCCGAUCUCCUCCACCACCAACCCCUGUCCGAUCUCCUCCACCAUCGGUUUCUUCUCCACCACCACCAGAACACUCCCCACCACCGCCGGUACAGUCCCCUCCACCACCCUUGUACUCACCAUCUCCUCCAGUUCAUUCCCCACCACCACCACCAGUCCACUCUCCACCACCACCUGUCCGCUCCCCACCACCACCAGUCUCCUCUCCUCCACCACCACCGGUCUCUUCUCCCCCACCACCUGUCCACUCCCCUCCUCCACCAGUCUCCUCUCCACCUCCACCAGUCUCUUCUCCACCUCCACCAGUCGCCUUUCCUCCACCACCUGUCUCCUCUCCCCCUCCACCCGUCCAUUCCCCACCACCACCACCAGUCUUUUCUCCCCCAUCAGCAGUUCGCUCCCCACCACCACCAGUCUCUUCUCCCCCACCACCUGUCCACUCCCCAUCUCCACCAGUCUCCUCUCCACCUCCACCAGUCUCUUCUCCACCUCCACCACCCGUCUCCUCUCCCCCUCCACCCGUCCAUUCCCCACCACCACGAGUCUUUUCUCCCCCACCACCACCAGUCUCUUCUCCCCCACCACCUGUCCACUCCCCACCUCCACCAGUCUCCUCUCCACCUCCACCAGUCGCCUCUCCUCCACCACCCGUCUCCUCUCCCCCUCCACCCGUCCAUUCCCCACCACCACGAGUCUUUUCUCCCCCACCACGAGUCUUUUCUCCUCCACCACCAGUUCGUUCCCCACCAUCACCGGCCUUCUCACCCCCACCACCAGUUCGUUCCCCACCACCACCGGCCUUCUCACCCCCACCACCAUCACCAUCUCUACCUCCUCCUCCUCCUCCUAGCUUUUCUGCACCACCCCCAAGCGAUGAUUUCGUCCUCCCACCAAACAUCGGAUUUGAAUACUCAUCUCCGCCUCCACCAAUGUUCCCAGGCUACUAAGUAGUAUAUCUUAACAUCUCUCCCAUUUUGUCAUUCUCAUUUCUAGUUUCACAAUGCCAAAUACACACUUUGUUAGCUGAGCUUCUCAACAAAUGAACUGUAAUAUUUUCCAUUUCUCUUUACACUGUAAAGCAACAAAAGAAACAUCAUUGCACGCAGAGAAAUUCCUUCUUGUAA